CGUCAUUCAGCGCCGCGGUCUCCGGUCAACGUCACUGAUUUGUGUAACACGUUUCUUUGGGCUUUGACAGCAGAAGCGCCAUGGCACUUCGCUCGAUUUUUGGUCAGAUUAAAACUCCUCUAAGAGAAAUUCUGAAGAGCCAGAAUGUCAUUUCGAGUCGAGCUUGUGCCGCUAUCGCGCACGCGAGGUCUGUGCUGGAGGGCGAGCUGGAGACGAUCCGCGCUGCAGGGACGUGGAAGGGGGAGAGAGUCAUUACAUCCAGUCAGGGACCGCAUAUCAGCGUGGACGGCAGUCGUGGCGAUAUAUUGAACUUCUGUGCCAAUAACUAUCUGGGCCUGUCCAGUCAUCCAGAGGUGAUUCAGGCUGGAAUUGAGGCACUGCAAAAAUAUGGAGCUGGGCUGAGUUCAGUCAGGUUCAUCUGCGGGACACAGGAUCUUCAUAAGCACUUAGAGCAGAAGCUAGCUCAGUUCCAUGAAAGAGAAGACUGCAUCCUGUAUGCAAGCUGCUUUGAUGCCAAUGCUGGUCUCUUUGAGGUCCUGCUGGGCCCAGAUGAUGCUGUGUUAUCUGAUGAACUGAACCAUGCCUCAAUCAUCGACGGAAUUAGACUGUGUCGGGCGCAAAGGUUCCGCUACAAGCACAUGAACCUGGAUGAUUUGGAGGAAAAGCUGAAAGAGUCCCAGUCCUGCCGACUGAGGCUGGUGGUAACUGAUGGUGUGUUCUCUAUGGAUGGUGACGUGGCUCCACUGGUGGGUAUCUGUGAUCUCGCUGAGCAGUAUGGAGCGUUGGUCUUUAUCGAUGAAUGCCAUGCAACAGGAUUCUUGGGUCCUCGUGGCCGAGGUACUGAUGAGCUGCUGGGGGUGAUGGACAGAGUGCACAUAGUGAACUCCACUCUGGGAAAAGCUCUUGGAGGGGCAGCAGGUGGUUACACAGUCGGACCAAAACCUUUAAUUGACCUACUCAGGCAGCGCUCUCGUCCUUAUCUCUUUUCCAACUCUCUCCCUCCUCCGGUGGUGGGCUCUGCCACACGUGCAGUGGAACUACUGCUGGCAUCCAAUGAAAUUGCACAGAGCAUGGCUGCCAAAACCAUGAGGUUUAGAAACAGCAUGACAAAGGCAGGGUUCACCAUCGCAGGCACAGCUCAUCCCAUCUGCCCAGUGAUGCUGGGAGAUGCUCGUCUGGCUUCCAUCAUGGCUGAUGACAUGCUUAAACUGGGAGUGUAUGUGAUUGGAUUCUCUUAUCCCGUGGUUCCCAAAGGAAAAGCUCGUAUCCGGGUCCAGAUCUCGGCUGCGCACACUGAGUCAGAUAUAGAUCGUGCUGUAGAUGCCUUCAUACAGACUGGCCGAAAACAUGGAGUUAUAUCAUAGUGUUAUACUCAGCUAUUAGUAGAACUGGGUGCCUUUAAUAGAAUUACAUGGUGGCUUUAAAGAAAUGGACUGUUACAGUGAGACUUAACAUUAGCUUGGCAAUUCUGCUGAGAUGCAUAGGGUGAAAAUGAAUGAGUUUGCAGUAAUAAAUGCUUUUCUCAGUAUUUCAUCUGCCCAUCUUGUCUUUUUUGUUUUUAUUUUGUGUAUACAAUAAAAAAAACUGAGUACACCGA